AUGCCCUUCAUGAAUGCCCAGAAGGCUAAAAUGAUCCUGGCUCCGGGGGCGGCGCAGGGCGACAAGGCAAUUCAGAUUGCCGACAAGCUGGGCAUCGACAGUUUUUCUGCGUCAAACGGAUGGAUCGACCGAUUCAAGAAGAGGCAUGGAAUAUGCUACCGGACGGUCAAUGGAGAGGCUGCUAGCGUCGACACAGCAACUGUUGACGCCUGGAAAGAGACCGUGGUGUCCGUUAUCAGCGGCUACGCACCCAGGGAUAUCUUCAAUGCCGAUGAAGCAGGCCUUUUCUUCAAAGUGCAGCCAUCCAAGACACUGAGCCUAAAAGGUGAGGCUUGCCACAGAGGAAAAUGCAGCAAGGAACGCUUAACAGUGCUGCUGUGCUGCAACUCAGAUGGCUCCGAAUUGAUGAAACCCUGGGUUAUCGACAAAUUUCGGAACCCACGCUGCUUUAAGAAUAUUUGCCACCUGCCCUGCCACUACAGGAACAAUAGCAAGGUCUGGAUGACAUGCUCGCUUUUUGAAGAGUUUUUGUCUUAUAUGGACUCGAAGAUGGGCUGCCAGGACAGGAAAGUAAUUCUUUUUCUAGACAACUGCUCUGCGCAUCCGAAAGACACCAAGUCGCUACGAAAUAUCACGGUGGUUUUUCUGCCCGCCAACACCACAAGCCACCUUCAGCCCUUGGACGCUGGCAUAAUCAAAAACGUAAAGCACUUCUACCGGAAAUGCAUUGUAAAGCGAUCUCUGGCCAAUGUGGAGCGUGGCAAACAGCCGACAGGCAUCACAAUCAUAGAUUCCAUGCACUAUUUAGCUUCGGCGUGGAGCGCUGUCACUGCAAGUACGGUUCAACACUGCUUCGCGAAGUGCUUCAGCGCGCGUGUAGACGGCACCGAAGAAGCCGUUGGAGAUGAAGCCUUCGCCGACUGCGACGAACUCUGCGCAGCGAUGCAAACUGUUGGUGAUGGAAUCGCGUACAGUGAUUACGUUUCUACUGAUGACGCCGUUGUCUCCUCCGAGGUUUUAUCUGUGGACGAAAUCGUGGCCGAGUGUGUCGAUGUGUGCAGCAGUGAAGACGAAGUUGAGGAGGAGGAGGGGGAAAGGGAGCAGCUGCUGGAUCCAACCUCCUCGUCGGCCGUAACGGCACUAGAUUUGCUCAGAAGGUACGUGAGCUCAAGCGACGAUGUCGAGUGCCACACGGCACUGCAGCUUCUCGAAAAACGCCUCGUGCUGCUGGGGCGACACAUCGUUCGGAGGUCACUACUGUUCACGUCAACUCUGUCCAGGGACUACGGGAUCCAAGGAAGCCUAAGGACAUUUGCUGGCUGUGGUGGACCAUUCUUUGUUGUGAACACUGUGCAGAGUGUCAACAAGAAAAGGGACAUUCAGUUGAGUCAGCCUAUCAAAGAAGCCACAGCUGCUUCUUGCCGCGGAUCCACGUGCCUACGUUGGGGGUGUGGCAACAGUAUCUUCUGGAGUCGCAUCACUGUACAGCCACCAGGGUCCACUGCGGCCUACAUAAGCCGGACACCAUCGUGCGCCCGACCACUUGGCAGCAGCGGGGGCAGCCAAGAGCGCGCCUGA